AUGGUCAACCUUACAUCCCGGAUAGCGUCUCUCCUCUGCAUCGCCCAUCCAACUAAGUUGGGUCAGAAAGCGCCGGCGAACAAACAAAACAUCUCACAGCCAAUUACGCCAGACCUUGAAACACAGCACUCCAAUGAUUUCGACCGCCCUGCCAUGCGCACGGACCAGACUCGGAGCGUUGGCGCCGUCAUCGCCGAUGGCGAGCGCCUCAUCGACAAGCGGGACGAGAUCAUCCACUCCGUGAACUUACACGAAGGACUUGAACCGGCUGUCUCUCACUUACCAGCCGAACUCUUAUCCGAAAUUUUUAUGCACACACUCCCAUCAUUCGAUGAAUUAUUGCCCCCAUCGAAGCUACGAUCUCCCAUGUUGUUGACCAGGAUAUGCCGAAGAUGGAGGGAAGUUGUUGUUGACACGCCAAGUUUAUGGUGCAGACUGUUUGGUGGGUAUAAGAGCUCCCAGCGCGGGCACAGGUCGCAAGAAGCAUUCUGCUACAACACAUGGCUCAAGCGAUCGCGAGGACUUCCACUGUCGUUGGCACUCACGUGUCGCACAAAUCACUUGACCAGCCUUCUUCAGCCUUACAUGAAUCAAAUCUCGUCUCUUCGUAUCGUUUACUGCGCCGCCACACGCGACCUUUUGUUAAGCGACCUCCCAGCGCUUCAGGUACUUAUCGUGGAUGGGUGGAUCGGUAACUUUCAAUUUCAGGAGAGUGCUAUCGCACAAUCUAUCUUGAACCAUUCAUUCACCCUGCGCAGUCUCAAAGUCAGUAGACCAUCGUCUUCAUUCUACUUGGCCGGCUUCCACUCCUUCAAGAAUUCCAGAUGGCCCCAUCUCACACAUGCACAUGUUGAGAUCACUGUUUACCAACAAGAUCUACUCAUUUUACUGCAGCAGGCUCCUAACCUCUCCUCAGCCAAGAUUUUCGUAGCUGUACUUACUGCACACCCUCCCUUACCGGUAGAGCCAUGCACGCACACGAAGCUUCAAGUCUUGCACAUCAAUUGUUCCAAAUCGCCCUUAGCAUUCCCUAACCUGCUUAAUGCCCUAUCACUCCCUAAUUUACGCGAGUUAAUGGCUGGCGCUUUAUGCAUGCAGUGGCCUCACGAGGAGUUCAAAGCAUUUUCAGCACGGUCAAAGUGUCCUCUGGAGUUCCUGAGUUUGGGUGAUGCAAUGACAGCCUCAGAACUGGACGAGCUGCGAGCGGAAUACAUCGCUCUCAUUCCUUCUCUUGAAGUAGUUGUGGAUCUGGCCGCGAUUUCCAGUUAUCUUGAGUAG